AUGAAGCUCCAUCCUUCACUGCUGAUGCUGCUCUGUUUAUUUAGACAUGGACUGAUGGAUGAAGUCAGGACUCCUGAGAAUACCUCUCCGGACAGCUCUUUUCAAUAUAAUGGCACCAGUACUCCACACCAGGAUACUGAGAAAUGCAACUUAAGCCUGGAGGCUCAGCAGGCAAUCGGUAGUGCUAUAGCUCAAUUGGGCCUAAAGCUAUUGAAGAAUCUGCAGCCUGAUCCCGAACACCCAAAUGUCAUUCUGUCUCCACUGAGUAUUUCUCUUGCACUUUCGCAGUUAGCUUUGGGUGCCAAGAAUGAGACUGAGAAGCGACUGUUAGGAGCUUUACAUGAAGAUUUGUUACCUGACUAUUAUAAAAAGUUAAGCUGCCUCCAAGAACAACUGACUGUCAAGGCCAUUAAAGUGGCCUCUCGUAUCUACCUCAAACCAGGCUUUGACCUGAAGAAGGACUUUCUGGAAAAAUCCUAUCAACUGUUCAAAUCGGCACCCACCCCACUCACUUCUGUCGAAGAAGUUAAUCAGUGGGUCGAGGAUGCCACCGAUGAUCACAUCAAGAACUUUUUGUCCAUUCUACCACCCAGUGUGGUCUUGAUGCUGAUAAAUGCUGUUCAUUUUAAAGGGGAGUGGAAGUCUCGCUUUGACCCACGCUUUACUGCCAAGGAUCUUUUCUACAUUGACAGACAGACCUCUGUAAAGGUGGACAUGAUGAUGGGAUCCAAAUAUCCUCUCAGUAUGUUUGUGGAUGGAGAGCAAGGCAUACAGGUUGCUCGAUUCCCUUUUCAGGGAACCAUAAGCUUCCUGGUAGUCAUGCCCAUGCCAUCAUUUAAUUUGUCAAGAGCACUUGCCAACCUCAACAUCUCCGAUCUGUAUCAACAUCUUCCAAGUGAGAAACCGAUGCUUGUCAAACUGCCCAAGUUCAAACUGGAAUAUAAACAGGAUUUGCAGCAAGCACUCACAAGCAUGGGUUUGGGUACACUAUUCUCUAGUCCGGAUUUAUCCGGUAUCUCAGUGGGCCCACUUGUAGUCUCUGGUGUGCAGCAUGCAUCCAGUAUCGAGUUAAAUGAGGAGGGAGCUGAGGCCUCAGCUGCUACCUCGAUCAUUCUGGUCCGCACGAUCCCCGUUUUCGCAGUCAACAUGCCGUUCAUCUUUGCCAUAGCAGAUGACGUCUCACACACACCUCUCUUCCUUGGCAUGGUCACCAACCCAAAUCCUGGAGCAACAGCUGAAUUAAGUGACGACCCAGAAAUCUUUCAUUUUUUGAGCAGCAACAUGCCAAGUGAUAAGCCACAGAAUGACGACCCGUACUGGGAUAACAUGCUACAUGAUGAGUUUCAGUGA